GUGUGUUGAGGUAGAGCUAUCAGUCUUCGGUAACUUGCAGCUGCUUAUUGGGACGACUGGCUCCGGUUUAGUCAUUAGAGCUCAGCUUUUCAUGUGUUCUGGAGAUUAACGUAUGGAAUGGAUUCUUCUCAUUAUUACCAUACACUUACAAUAUUUAUAACCCUUAUAGGGUUGUGUUAUGGAAACGGAGUUUUGCCAGACGCUCUGUUUGGACCAGUAGAAGGGAAUGUGACUUUGACUACAACCCUUGCCCCAACCAGCACCCCCUAUCUCACUAUAAACUGGUCUGUAAAUGGUUCAAAUUUCGUCACGUUUGUAAGCCAGGGUAAUGUAAUUAAUGUUUCACCAGCAUAUGAAGGCAGAAUCACUUUGGACACAUUCACUGGAUCUCUGGAACUCAGGAAUCUAGCCUUGAAUGACAGUGGAACGUAUUCACUGAACAUGGUAACUCAGGGAGGAUUUACAAAGCUCGGAAGUACUGUUCUGCAGGUGCUGGAGCAAGUCUCCAAUCCUGUAAUCAAUGCCAGUGCCUCAGAUGUAGUGGAGUUUAACAGCUCUGUCAGUCUGUCCUGCUCCUCCUCUGGCUCCUCCCCCUCCUACCAUUGGCUGAAUGGUAGCUCUGAGGUCACAGCCAGUGACAAUGUCCAGCUUGGUGAUGGAGGCUCCACUCUCACCAUAGUCAAUGUGACCCGCUAUGACCAGGGUCCAUGGAGAUGCAAUGUGACCAACCGUGUCAGUAAUGACAUCAGCCAGCCUUUUAACAUAACCAUCUACUAUGGUCCUGAGGACACAGUGGUGGAGGUGAAUCCUCCAGAUGGACUGUAUGUUGCAGGGUCAGCCCUCAGUCUGUCCUGCUCCGCUCACUCCAAGCCUGUUGCUAAGUAUUACUGGUUCCUGAAUGGAACACAGCUGUCCAAUGAGGGACCAGAGCUCCAAGUGGUGAACAUUCAGACCAAUCAGAGUGGGAGUUACAUCUGUCAGGCCUUUAACACCAGAACACUGAGACAGGUGUCAUCUGAGCCAUCAAACAUCUCUGUAUGGGAAAAAGUAGCUGAUGUCAGCAUUAACCCAUCAAGCCAGCCAAUCAUAGAGGGGAUGUCUGUCAACCUGACCUGUGCUGCUGCUGGCUCCAUCAGCACCAGAAAGUGGAUGAAGGAUGGUGUGUCUCUCUCUCCCAGCGACAGAGUCAGCUUCUCUGGGGACAACAAGACAGUCUCUAUAAGUCCUGUGAACAAACAGGACAAUGGUGUUUACCUUUGUCGAGUCACAAACCCUUUGAGCUUUCAAGAUGCUAAAUACAAUAUGAUUGUAAACUAUGGACCUGAUAGUGUCACAAUCGAGGGUCCUCUUAAAAUAGAGGUUGGACAGAAGUUCACCUUAACCUGCUUGACUGAUUCUACACCGACCGCUAACUACAGCUGGACGGUCAAUGGGACAGAGCGGCCUGGACAAGUGUUCACCAUAGAGAAGAUCCAAUACGAGGAUAGUGGCACCUACAAAUGCACUGCAUCCAAUGACAUCACUGGACUCAGUAAACACGCUGUCCACACAUUGGAAGUAAAAGCUGAGGGUUCUUUAACAGAGAGCGGACUGUCAGGUGGUGCCAUCGCUGGGAUUGUGAUUGCUGUUUUGGUGCUUGUCGGAGUGGCAGUUGGUUUGACAGUGUAUUUUAUCAAGAAGAAGGAUUUAUUCAACAACACAUCCUCACAUGGCAGAAGCGCUAGCAGUCCAGGUGCUGGCUAUAACAAUGGCGGAGGCCCAGCAGACCAGGAUCUGAACUAUGCGGAUGUAUCCCAUUUCCGUAAGAAGGACGGAGGGUCCGUGCAGUUAGGGAACCAGGCUGCGCCUGUAGAGUCUACUGAUUACGCUGAGGUCAGAGUGAACGGGAAACCACCUUCCUAUACAGCCCACCCGCAGAACUCCCCGUCGAAGAGGCCCGCUCCUCAGCCCGGUGCUCAGCCUGGCCCCACCCCACCCUCCAUCUACUCAGAGGUUCGGAACAACUGAGCGUGUUCGACUUGUCACUCCACCACUGUGUAUCCGGAAAGACCUGGCUCGACCCUCCUAGGACCCAACCAGGCCAGAUCUCUGCGACUCCACCAUGAUCUCCACAUCUCGAUACACAACCUGGACAAUGGCCGUUUCGGCUGUACUUGCAGAAUUGUGGACUGACAGAGACCUUAUACCUUUAGCUAUCCCUGUUUAGAAAACCAACUAGCAUUUCAUUUACAUUACAUUUACAUUUAGUCAUUUAGCAGACGCUCUUAUCCAGAGCGACUUACAGUAAGUACAGGGACAUUCCCCCCUGAGGCAAGUAGGGUGAAGUGCCUUGCCCAAGGACACAACGUAAUUUUGCACAGCCGGGAAUCGAACUGGCAACCUUCAGAUUACGAGCCCGAUUCCCUAACCGCUCAGCCACCUGAUUCUCAUUCAGCAGUUAGCGGGUACUGUAAGGUGUUCUAUAUUUCCAAUGCUUAAGGCUUAAGGGGAAGUGCUAUGUACAUGAUUGCUCUGAUUCAUUGAAUGUAUUGCAUGGAGAUUUGCACUAUGUUAAUGUAAACUACAUGGCAAAAAAAAAAUUGUCCUUUGUAUGUAAUACAAAUUUUACUAUAAAUGUGUAUGUGGAUACUGUUUUUGGAUAUUUAAUUAAUAAAUGUGCCUGGUUUUCAGAGUC